AUGAGGUUAUUACAGACAUCUACACUAAAUCCUAACCUAAUGAAGCCAUUUCAUCAACCAUUAUGCAAGACUACAAAUACAAAUUUGACAUUACAUACUAAUGCUAUGAAGCGUAAUCCUACAAUUGGUGGACAUCAAAGAAUUUAUAAAGUACCUCAGGAAGAUAAUUUAUAUGAGUCUCAGAAAGAUAAUUUGUAUAAAGAUAAUUUUUAUAAGCCUCAAGAAGAUAACAAAGAUACUUCUAGUGUCUCUAUAGUUAAGAAUUAUUAUAUAACCACUGAGCAUGUUAAUAUAAAUUAG